AUGCAGUACAACAGUUUCACGUCGAAGUCAGCCAUCCGUCAUGAUCUCGAGCAUUGCCUUUCGGAUGAAGCCAACAGAAAACCCGAAGAGCAACGGUCAAGCACCGAUGUUUCGAACGUAAUUCGCGAACUGAAAGCCCAGGACGUGGUGUACUCUCGUGCAGAUAAAGGAAAUGCGGUUGUGAUCAUGGACAAACAAGAUUACGAUCGUCGCGUUCUCGACAUGAUUAGUACUGGUCCGUACGAAGAGUGCAAAUAUAAAAACGGUAAGUCGAAAGACCCGCUCAACGUAAUCAUAGAGGAGGCAAACACUGUCCGUCGGAAGGUCGCUCGUUUGAUGGGAGAAGAAAAAUUCGAACGGAAAUUCCACGUCCCGAACCCGAAAGUCCCUUCACUAUACUGCCUGCUGAACAUUCAUAAAAACUCAGUGUCAAUGCGACCAAUCUCAUCCAACAUUUGCGCGCCCACCGAGAAGAUGGCUGCUUGGCUGGUGGAUGAAAUGAAAAAGUACUCUGUUACUCACGGAAAAAGUGUAAAAAGCAGCAUAGAUUUGGUGGAGCAACUGAAAGAUUUUGAGGUCAGGCGGGGGGAAGUUCUGGUAUCGUUUGAUGUGACUGCGUUAUUCCCAAACGUACCAGUAUCUGACGCCUUGGAAAGUCUUCGACGACAUCUGGAGCGCAACCGCGUGUUACCCUAUCAGGUCGAAGCUUACCUUUCAGUGGCAGAGUGUUGCAUGAAACAGAACCUUUUCACGUUUAGAGGGAAGUUCUACAAGCAAACGUUUGGUUUUAGCAUGGGCAACAAGUUUUCGCCUCUACUAGCAGACGUUUUCUUGAGCGAUUUCGAGGUAGCUUUAGGCAAAGAAAAGCUCUUCUCUCGAGUUUGGAGACGCUACGUGGACGACAUUUCCGUAGCCGUGAAAGAACGCUACCUAACGCAGACCCUUGAUCUAUUGAACUCCCGUCACAGCACAAUAAAGUUUACGGUAGAGAAGGAAAUAGAAGGGAAAUUGCCAUUCCUAGACCUGAUGAUAACCAGGAAAGCGGACAACAAACUAAAAUUCGGGAUCUACCGUAAACCGACAUCCACAGACAGAUACAUAACUUCCGAUUCUAACCAUUUCGGCGCUCAAAAACAAGCAGCUUUCCAUUCCAUGGCCCAUCGUCUAUUCAAUUUACCGAUGGAAAAUGAAGACUUCAAGGCCGAGCGGGAUAAAAUAUACAAAGCUGCUGUAUUGAACGGGUAUGAAAAAGGAUUUGUGGACAAAAUUCUAAGGAAACACAAAAGGAAAAAGCACAGACAAAACGCGACAACGUUAGAGCCGGAUAAAAAACAGGAACGUAGAAUCUGCUUGCCUUUUUCACCCCAAAAUUACUAA